CCACGACUUCCGGCGCAGCUUCCGUUUUCGCAGCCCGGGACUCGGCGUGGAACCGAAACGGACAAGUACAACAUAUCGGUGUAGCGCAAUGGCUAAACUGAGCAAGGAAACCAAACAGCGGCUACAGCAGGUUUUCCAGUGCGGCCAGUUCAUUAUCCGAUGGGGUUUUAUCCCCACCGUUCUCUAUUUAGGGUUCAAACGAGGAGCAGAUCCAGGAAUGCCAGAGCCCACAGUUCUGAGCCUGCUUUGGGGGUGAAGAGCCUUCCUGAAUUUAGAUGCACCAUAGAAUGUGUCGUGUUUCAGCCAGCGCGUCGGAUGAGCAACGUUACACCGUACUCCCUCGCUCCUUUGUGAUACGCAAAGAAGACAGAAAACAGUUUCAAGGAAUUUAAUUUGUUCACUGAAGUCCAGAAAACCUGUGCAGAUUCUGAACAAAGUCUCCUUUUGCCUUUUCAAACAUUUAAAUAUGUAAAGAGCUGUCUUUGUUGUCGUGUGGAUUAUGCAAUUCUUGUUGUCUCAAUAAAUUAUCUUUAAUAAUGUG